AUGGCGGACAGAUAUUCCUUCUCAUUGACAACCUUCUCCCCCAGUGGGAAGCUCGUCCAAAUAGAAUAUGCCUUGAAUGCUGUCAAUCAGGGUGUGACUGCACUAGGUAUCAAAGCUACGAACGGCAUCGUCCUGGCUACAGAAAAGAAAUCCUCAUCGCCCUUAAUCGAUCCUCCCUCCCUGUCGAAAGUCAGCCUGAUCACCCCGAAUAUUGGCAUGGUAUACUCAGGUAUGGGACCGGAUUAUAGAGUGUUGGUCGACAAGGCACGAAAAGUCUCCCACACGGGCUACAAGCGCAUCUACAAUGAAUACCCCCCCACGAGAAUAUUAGUGCAGGAUGUCGCAAGGGUCAUGCAGGAGGCAACGCAGUCCGGUGGUGUACGACCAUAUGGAGUCAGUCUGUUGAUCGCAGGAUGGGAUGAUGGAAUUGAGCCAGAAUCAGAAGAGGCCGCUGGUGCGCAUCCAGAUGACAAGCCGUCAGGCAAGACUGGAGGCGUCUUGAAGGGCGGGCCCAUGUUGUAUCAGGUUGAUCCCAGUGGCAGUUAUUUCCCAUGGAAGGCGACGGCAAUUGGCAAAAGUGCCACCUCUGCUAAGACCUUCUUGGAGAAGCGAUAUACCGAGGGUUUGGAGCUAGAAGACGCGGUCCAUAUUGCUCUAUUGACGUUGAAGGAGACUAUUGAAGGAGAGAUGAACGGAGAGACAAUAGAGAUUGGGAUCGUUGGCCCACCAGCUGACCAUUUACUGGGCGUCGAGGGAGUUGAGGGGGCACAAGGGCCAAGGUUCAGAAAGUUAAGCCCACAGGAGAUCGAGGAUUACCUUACUAAUCUAUGA